AUGGGGAAAUUCCUUCGAAUUGUCACCGCUUAUGCUCCGCAAACCGGAUGCAAGGAGGAAGAAAAGAAUAUGUUCUGGCAGGAGCUUGACCUAAACGGUCAUGUGGAGAAGAAAAGAAAUGGUGCGGGAAAGUGUCACGAGAACCACGGAUACGGCGCAUGCAAUGUAAAAGGCGAACGCAUUCUAGAGUUCGCCCAGCGUACAACCUAG